CCCCGAUCGACAUCUCCAACCUCGCGAAGUAUGACGUGAGGUUGGGUGGAAGUGGAGUUGAAUACGAGGAGGAGAAAAGUUUAUAUAUAAUCAUUAAUUACGCUGUUUAUUGCGGUUGCGGUGGCGGCUCCUGCUGCACUGGUUGGGGAGGAGAACGGGAUUAUUAAGAGGCAGUCUGGGAAUGAAACUGGAGAGGUUAUCUUAUGUACGGAAGCCAACUGGAAAGGAGAGUGUACGGCUAUGACGGUUUCGCUUGUUUAUGAUAGCUGCACAACACUCACUGCGCCUUGGGCAUAUAAUGUGUCGUCGUUGGAGCCGGUUCCUGGAGUUGUAUGUUGGAUGAAUAGGAGUAAUAACUGUUCGGAUAUCUGCAGGAGUCCUGAAGGUUGCAACGAGAUCAUUGAGUUCCCAGGUUAUCCAGACUUGUCGACAUACGGGCCGUGGAAUAACACGAUUGGGUCUUUCACUUGUAAUCCUUCUUCGACUUCGAGUUAGUGUUAAUUGAUGGAAUGAUAAUUUUCGCAUCCGAUCAAUAGAUUGAAAA